AAAGAGGACGGUAUACAAAUGCUCUCUGUCCAGCCAGACACCAAACCGAAAGGUUGUGCUGGCUGCAACCGUAAGAUCAAAGACAGGUAUCUGCUAAAGGCCCUGGACAAAUACUGGCAUGAGGACUGCCUGAAAUGUGCCUGCUGUGACUGUCGCCUGGGGGAGGUGGGCUCGACCUUGUACACCAAAGCCAACCUUAUCCUGUGUCGCAGGGACUACCUGAGGUUAUUUGGAGUUACAGGAAACUGUGCCGCCUGCAGCAAACUCAUUCCUGCUUUUGAAAUGGUGAUGAGGGCCAAGGACAAUGUUUAUCACCUGGACUGCUUUGCAUGUCAACUUUGUAAUCAGAGGUUUUGUGUGGGAGACAAAUUUUUCCUAAAGAACAACAUGAUUCUGUGCCAGACGGACUAUGAGGAAGGUUUAAUGAAAGAAGGUUAUGCACCCCAAGUUCGCUGA